CGCUGCUCGGGGGGACCGACCCCUCCGGCAUCCCCGCGGCACCCCCGCGGCGUCGGGGUUCACCGCAGCUCCCCGGUCCCGCCGCGCGGGAAAGCCCUGGCCAAAUCCUGCUCUCCUGCGGGUUUGGGGUUCAAUCCAAUAGCCCCCCCAAGCGUGGCUGGAGCCCUGGGGAGCUCGGCACAACCGGGCGGUGGGAUGCGUGGUGCAGCGGCCCCGGCUGUGCCACCGCUGAGCGAGGGCCGAUGGCACCAUGUCCCCUGUCCCCAGGCUCGGGAUGGAUCCGGCUCUCCUGGAGCCCCCAGCCCCACUCGCUGCCCCGCACCGAAAACAGGAGCGUGUCCACUGAGACGCAGCUCCUGAGCCUCCGUCUGGGACCCCCAAAUCCAUCUGGGGCUCCCAAAUCCAUCUGGGACACCCAUAUCUAUCUGGGAACCCACAUCCUUCUGGGACCCCCAUAUCCAUCUGAGAUCCCCAAAUUUUCUGGGACACCCAUAUCCAUCUGGGACCCCCAUCCAUCUGGGACCCCCAUAUCCAUCUGGGAACCCCCAUCCUUCUGGGAACCCCAAAUCCAUAUUGGACCCCCAUAUCUACCUGGGAACCCCCAUCCACCUAGGACCCCCAUAUCCAUCUGAGACCCCCACAUCCAUCUGGGAGCCCCAUAUCCAUCUGGGAACUCCUAUCCAUCUGAGACCCCCAAAUCCAUCUGGGACUCUCAUAUCCAUCUGGGAACCCCCAUCCAUCUGGGACUCCCAUAUCCAUAUGGGACCUCCAAAUCCAUCUGGGAUCCCCCAUCUAUCUGGGACCCCUAUAUCCAUCUGGGACCCCCACGUCCACCCCAGACCCCACCUCCAGGCCAGACCCCCUUUGCUGCCGCCCCAUGUGCAGAACAGGUUGGAUCCCCAAGACCCUGCAUGUCACCCCGAACCCUCCAGCCCCCCCACGCUGUCCCCCCAGCGCAGGGUGGUGACAGUGGGGUGGCCACAAUGGGGCAGGGGGUGAUUUUGGGGUCCUGGGCGCGGGGGUGCCAUGCAGCCACAGUGUUUCCCAACCGCAGGGCCAGGAAGUGCGGGAGAUGGAAACGGAGGGAGCGGGAUAUAAUUAGCCCCAAAUUAGGACUGGAAUCCGGGAUAAAGGGCCUGGCACCACCCGGCUCUUGCGAAAAACCACACGGCCGCGCCGGCAGCUCCCGGCAGCCCCACCGUGGGGGGUCCCAAAAACAUGGGGGGAUGAUUGUGACCGCCUGAGUUUGGGGGCUCAGCGCCGGGAUGCGGGUGCCGGGGGGGCCGUAAGCAGAGCCGCGGCGGGGCCGGGAUUAUCGGCAUCAGCCAUACCAGCUCGGGAAUCUGGUUUCUUGGCUGCGCCGUUGCUGGAGCAACGUCCGGGCUGGGAUUGUGGGGCUCUUUGAAUUUGACAAGAGGCCUCUGUGUGUGCGGGAGCCGGCGGCCCCGGGGGGCCGGGGCUGAGUCACCCGAUAGCCCCCGCCGGCUCCCCCCGGCCCCGCUUGGCUCCCGUUGCGAGGCCCAGGACACCGGACACCUGCGGCUUAUCGGCGCGGGGAGGAGGGCAGGGGGGUCCGGCACCGCGGCGCUGACAGAUGGGGGACGCCGGCGGGUGACACCGCGGGGUCAGCCCCCGGGCGCCACGGUGCCACCGGGGCCGCCAGCAGUGCGGGAUGUUGGCAGCAGAGCCGAGCUGGGGUGGCCCCAGCGAGGGACCCCACUGCUGCCCCACACAUCCCCCGCCCCACGGUGGGGCCGGUGGCAGCCGUGGUGGUGGCAACAAGUGACACGCAAGCCCCCCGCAAAGUGACUCCGGACAUCGCCACCCACCCGCCCCCUGCCCCAAGCCGCCCCAUAGGCACCGGUGUGGCUGGAGACGCUCCCCUGCGUCACCCCGGUGUGGGGCGAGUGGGCGCCGGGGGUCCGGGCUCCCCGUGCCGCGGCCCCCGCGAAGGCGGCACCGCGGUGCCAGCCGGGCUGCCCAGCCCCGGUAUCGGAUCCUCCCGGAGGGAGGGGGCCUGGAGCUUAUUUAACAUCCCGGCCGCCCCGGCCCGGCGCAGUCGGCGCGGCGGGGAGCUCAGCCAGAGCGAUGGCGUCGCAGCUGGAAGGGGCCAUGGAGACGCUCAUCAACGUGUUCCACCACUACUCGGGCAAAGAGGGGGACAAGUACAAGCUGAGCAAGAAGGAGCUGAAGGAGCUGCUGCAGAGCGAGCUGGGCUGCUUCCUGGAGACCCAGAAGGACACGGGCGCCGUGGAGAAGAUCAUGCAGGACCUGGAUGAGAACGGCGACGGGGAGGUGGAUUUCCAGGAGUACGUGGUCCUGGUGGCCGCCCUCACCGUGGCCUGCAACACCUUCUUCUGGGAGAACGCCUGAGCCCGGCCGGUCACCGCAGCCGCCCACCGCGGCGUCCCCGAAACACAGAGAUCCCCCCCGACGGCCCAGCUCACCCCCAGCUCCCCAGCGCUCCCGGGGAUCCCACGGGGAUCCGGCUCCACAAUAAAGGCCCCCACCCAGCCA